AUGAGUGCCAAAAAGGAAACGAAACUUCAUGAGGACAAAAACACAGAUUCAGGUUAUCUAUCUGGACCUCUUAGUGAACAGCUGUCAGGAGUUUUAGAUGUAGAAAUCAGUAGUGAUAGCGGAAAAGUGAGUGCUUUUGCGGAUGAACAGUUAGAUAGUGGCUUGGACCUUUCAGAAUGUUUGUCGAAUGUAAAGAUUAGUGAAACAACUGACACGCAGCUGCCAAAGAUCAGAGUAGAGGCUGAAAAGAGCCAGGAAUACCCACCUUUUCAUAUACUAUUCGAACAGGACGACGAUGGGGAUACACAACUUCACAUCGCGUCAGUGCAUGGCUGUGAGAAAUCAGUAGGAACCCUCAUCAGAGUGUGUCCAGAGAAAUCAUGGCUAGACGUCCCUAAUGACUACGGCCACACAGCAUUGCACUUGGCAGUGUUGAGCGGCAACGCGGUGGUCACAAGAAUGUUGGUGAUUGCGGGAGCAUCUCUAGCUCAUAGGGACCACAACGGGGAGACGCCGUUACACUUAGCCGUGGCUGCUAAUGACAGAGAGUGCCUACAAGCGUUAUUAGCACCAGUACAAGACCAGCCCCAUCGGAAGCUAUCUUCGGUGCUCAAUCAGAAAAAUUACAACGGUCAAAUGUGUGUACACCUGGCGGCGGCCGCGGGCCAGAUUGAGAGUGUGCAGACCCUCGCCUACUACGGUGCAGAUCUAAAUGCUGGGGAGGGUCUUGCGGGCUGGACGGCACUACAUAUCGCAGCACGGCGUGGUGACGCACGGUUGUGUGCUGCGCUGCUGCGCUGCGGUGCUGCGCCCUCACCCCUGGACUUUGCCAAUCGCACGCCGCGCCGUCUCGCAGCACGGAACUCCGCAGCACACGUCUUCUCCGCUGUGGAAGACAGCGACACGGACGACGACGACGACGAUGACAUGUUCGACAGUGACAGCGACAGCUUGUUUGAGAAGUUGAAGGAAAGCAUCAACCCUAUAGAUGUUGCCUGA